AUGGAAAGCCUUGAAGAGGUCUUUCUGGCCCUGACCGGGACCGCCUUCAUAGUGGGUAGGAAGUGCUUACCCAAUUUCAAGGAUCGCGAGUCUCUGCCCCAUAUCACUGCCAUCAUUCAUGAGGUGUUGCGGUGCGUUAAUGUCAUUAGAGCUAAUUUUCAUACUCAUUGCGACGUAGUUGGCAUCCUGCUGUGCCCCUUGAUACCACUUCCACAUCGGAACACCGUCAAUAACGAGUACAAUGGAUACCACAUCCCGGCUGGCACCACUGUCAUAUGCAACUCCUGGGCUAUACUUCAUGAUGAGAACACCUUUGCCGACCCUGACGUAUUCAAGCUGGAGCAGUUCCUUAAUGAGGAUGGCUUGCUGAGGGACGACAUACCUUAUCCCAUUGAAGCAUUUGGUUUUGGGUGGCGGAUGUGCCCCAGCUGCUACUUCGCGCAUGAUAUCCUCUGGCUGGCCACUGCAAAAAUCCUUGCCAUCUUCAGUAUUGUAUGUGCCGUCGAUGAGAAUGGGGAAGAGAUCGAGGUGAAAGAAGAUUUCACUCUGCGGCUUAUCAGCACUUCAGAUGCAAUUUCAAGCCGCGUUUUAUUGGUGCCGCAACUCUGGUCAGAACUGAUUUGGUGCACAGCGGAAGACAUUAAUGUUUGUCGUGUCUCCGGUCCCUCUGGUUCUGUGGACUUGAAUGGUAGUGGUGCCAGCAGUAGCAAAAAUGAACUCGAUUCUGUGAAUGAUGUCAAGCCGAAAGGAUCCAUACAGCGUAGAUCAUAG